UUUUAUCGGUAGUUAUGUUGCAAUUGAUUGACAUUUUUGGUGGAUUUGUCAUCAAAUUAAACACAAUUUUUGAUUAAAUUAAUGAAAAAUUAUUUUAUAUUUAUUUCAUAAUUAACUCUAAAUUUGCGAAAAAAAGUUUGAAAUAAAGUUUUAAAAAUAAAUUGACGACAAAUAUGUUGACUUAAGUUUUGAGUCUAAAAAUAGCUAACAAAUGGAUUUCAUAACAAUUUUAUUGAUCACAAUGUCUGCUAUAAUUUCAUUACACUUUUACCGCAAAUUUCUGCCACAAAAUACACCGAUUAACCACUUCUUGAGGUUACUGACUGUCAAUAAGAAACCUGUGUUCGGUAGACAACUCUUAAGACAAUUGUCGACCAAUGAUGACAGCAAUGACAGUGAAGACAGGGAACGGCGAUCAAGUGUUGGUCGUAUGUAUACCCGAACCGGAGAUAACGGGAGUUCAGGACUGUUUGGAAGUGGUGACCGGCGACCGAAAAAUGACAACAUAUUUGAAGCCUUGGGUGUCGUCGACGAGUUGUCGUCGAGUGUAGGCUUUGCUCGAGAGUUCGUUAAGAAUGAACUCAUCGAUGAAGAACUGGAACGCAUUCAAUGCAUUCUUCAGGAGUUGCAGUCAAAUAUGGCGACACCAAAGACUACAUCCAAUCCAUCACUUAUCGAGAAGACUAAAUGGAACCGCAAUUAUCUCAUCGAUUUGGAGCUUUCCAUUGAUUCUCACACACAAUCUCUACCACAGCUCAAGAACUUUAUUCUUCCAUCUGGAGGAAAAGCCAGUUCAGCACUUCAUAUGUCUCGAGCUAUCUGUCGACGGGCUGAGCGAAAACUAGUGCCACUUCUAGAUGAAGGCCUGGAACUGCCAAUUCUGCAAUACCUCAAUAGAUUAAGUUCUUACUUAUUCACAAUUGCAAGAGUUUGUGCACUAAAUGAUGGCAAACCCGAAACCAUUUACACGAGACAAAAGUCUUCCGACGACUCAUUUGACGAAUCGUAGACACGAUUUAUUGAUUGUCAAUAGCUUUGACCAAACUUUUGUAAUUACUAUUGUUUUCUCAGAGAUUAACUAUUUUUUAUAGCAUUUAU